ACGGCUGGCUUGCGGCGACUAUAUUAAUAGAGCGCAAAUAAACAACACAAAUCAAAUGGACUAUUGGGACGCGACUUCCAGACAGCUUCAUUUCGAAGUGUUUGGAAAGUGCGGCUUUGAGGACAGAACUCUAGUCGAGAUCUCUGGACCAUCCAAGAGCGGCAAGAGUCUGGUGAUGCAGAAGCUAAUGGCACAUUGCUUGGCUCCCUACAAGUACGGAGGUCGUCAAUGGAGCAUUGGAUUCAUCAGUCUCAGCCACAAAAUCAACCAGGAGUCACUGGAAAAAGCCGUUAGAGCAGAACUGCGGGAUUGGAUGGGCAAGGAUGCUCCCACUGAGGCGGAGCAGGCGAAAAUAGCAAAGGAAUGCACACGCAAGCUAUAACAAGACGUUGAAAAGGAAAAACGAGCUGAUUGCCUUGGAUACUCUUAGUGAGUUCUACUGGCUAGACUUUUCCACCAGGAAAGAAAAACUCAGCAAAUACAGAUACUACAAGC